AUGAUUACACAGAAAAGAGUUACACACACCCCAAAAAGUCAACAAAAAAAUAAAUCAAGAUUUUGGAAUUUUGUUUGCCACAUUUCUGGUUUUGUUAUCCNAUUUUCUUUGAAAUUAGCUGGAGAAGGUGUUGUUGUUACAGGAAAUCCUGGUCUAGCCAAAGAAGCUGCAGCAAUCGCUAUCCGGUCUGUGACAGAACACGUUGAUUGCUUUAACCACUGGGAUAUUCUCUAUAAGGAGCAUCUAGAAGCUAGCGUUGCUCUUCUUAGAAAGCUUGCAGACGAAUGGAAGGAUCAUGCCCCUAAAGUAUUAUCAUCACCAGGUGAUACUCUCACUGUCAAUCGAGCUAUGAGUAGCUUCAGGCUUAAGAAUGAAAAAGGCAUCACAGAAGGAGGAGCCAAUUGUUCACUUUACAAGGAAGCCGACGAGUCGUGCAAACUGAUCUUGGGGAGACUCUCCCGUGAAAGUGGCUGCCUCAAAAUAGCACCCAUUACUGCUGUGGUUCUAGGAGCUGCAUUUGCCGCUGCAGGAGGCGUUGCAGGAGCCGCUCUUGCUCUAUGCUUACCACUAGCAUAAUGGGCGGCCACAAAAUAACGCCCAUUUCUUUUUAAUUGUAUAUUUUUUAAAAUUAACCUAGGCUAACUUGUUCAUACAUAUGUAGUAGGUCAAUUCGUUAGGUGUUUCAUUUUGAAUGAUUAUGUUUAUUUGCGUGACGUGAUUACUAAUUGAUUAAUUGUAUAUUUCUUGCAAAAGAUAGA